AAAGUGCUGAUGUCAGCAGUUUUCAUCAGCAAUCCACGUGUUUGUGUGUGCAGAGAGGAGACGACAGCAACAGGAACACACGAAGACAAGGAGGAAGAGAGGACAACUUGACAAGAUGGGGAGGUUUGAUGUGGCCAAGCUGCGGUAUCUCGAUGCCAAGCAGCUGCGCGUCCUCCACGCGUGCGAGCUCGGCAUGCGGAAUCAUGAGCUCGUCCCCAAGGAGAUCCUCACAAACAUCACGAAAAUGAGGUCUGGAUCUUUGCACAAGGUGGUGAUGGAGCUGCUUCGCCACAAGCUCCUCGGCUACAACAACUCAAAGACAACAAAUGGGUAUCGCCUGACAACCCUCGGGUACGACUACCUCGCCCUCAAGACACUGGCAAACAGAGACGUUGUCCUCAGCGUGGGCAACCAGAUUGGCGUGGGAAAGGAAUCUGACCUGUUCAUUGUCGGCGGCCAGGACGACGUCCAGUAUGCCCUCAAAAUCCACCGGCUUGGACGCACGUCCUUCCGCAACAUCAAGAACAAGCGCGACUACCACGGCCACCGCAACAAGGCUUCGUGGCUCUACCUCUCCCGCCUGUCGGCCGUCAAGGAGUUUGCAUACAUGAAGGUGCUGUAUGACCGCGGGUUCCCGGUGCCGCAGCCCAUCGACUUCAACCGCCACAUUGUCGUCAUGGAGCUCCUGGACGCAUUUCCGCUCUGCCAGAUCAAGGAUGUCGACGACCCGGCCGAGCUGUACAGCCGGCUGAUGGCGCUGAUUGUGCAGUUUGCCGAGCACGGCCUCAUCCACGGCGACUUCAACGAGUUCAACCUCAUGAUCAGCGAGGACGGGCACGUGACGGUGAUUGAUUUCCCACAGAUGAUCUCGAUUGAGCACGAGAACGCCGAGUUUUACUUUGACCGCGACGUGCAGUGCAUCCGCACGUUCUUUGCAAAGCGGUUUGCGUUUGAGGCGCAGGAGUGGCCCGCCUUUGCCGACGUCAAGCGGGGAGAGGCCCUUGACAUCGAGACGGCCGCCAGCGGGUUCAUGCGCGAACUCCAACUCAGCGACGGCAUGCAGGAUGACGACGGCGCUCGGGGCCGUGGGAGGAGAGCACACAGCCGCGACGAUGAUGAUGGCGACGAUGAUGAUGAGCAGAAGGAUGGCAGUGGUGACGACCAUAAUGAUGAUAACGAUGAGGAUGCAAAGGAACAGCACGAGGAAGACGAGGAGAGUGGGGAGGCCACGAGUGCAGAUGCACCUUCGAAGACACAGGCGCACGCAGCAAGUACUAGCGGAGAGGGCGAAGACGCGAGUGGCCGCAGUGACGCUGAAGCAAACACGGACGACAACAAUGGCGAUGAUGAUGGUGAAGAAGGGAGCGCAGCGAAGCAACACGAACAUGAACAACAACAGGAGGAGGAGAAGGAGAAGGGGGCGACAGCGAAACAGCAAGGUGACGCCGUGGAAGAGGCGGAGAAGGACGACACAUUCGACGCUGGUGGCAAUGACGAUGAUGGUGACGAAGGCAGCGAUGAUGAUGAAGGUGAUGGUGAGUAUGUGAACACGAACCGCGACCGGCUUGUGUCGCGCAAUGCCACGGCGCCGCUUGCCCCGAGCCACGUUGCCCAGCGGUGGCGGCCGACGUACAACGACACGGGCAGCACGCGCGGACGCGGGAGCCGCAGCCAGAGCCGGAGCCGGAGCCGCCGCAGCCAGAGCCGGAGCAGAGGGCUUCUGCCGGAGCAAGCCACGGCGAGCCUGACGCCGGAGGAGAUACGGGAGCGGGUGGCGCAGGCGUACGGGCGGCGGCGGUUCAGGAAGGGGCAGGCGAAGAAGAGCAAGAGCAAGGACCCGAACAAGAGGGACACGCGCGCUACCGUCAACCAGACCAGCGGCUGGUGAUUCGAGAAGAUGGGGGGGGGAGCGUGUGUUGUGUGUUGUGUGGUUGUGUGUGUGUGUGUGUGUGUGUGUGUGUGUGUG